ACAAAAAUGGCGGUUCCCGUCACGCCGUGGAGAAAGAAAAGGCGACGACCAGAGCACGACCUUGCAAGAAAAGGGACAUGGAAAGAAUCACAACUGAUAACACGAAGACGAAGCGACCUUCUUAAUUAUUAUUAAAGAACCAAAAGCAGAUUGACUUUCUUCAACGUCUAUUACCAUGAAAGAAACCUGGGACCUUGGAAAACCUCGCGAACAAGCAAUGAAACUUACAGUACCAACAAGAUAAAACCCGGUUUUCCAUGUGUAAACCCCACAAUUUGCUUUCGAAUGGUCGUCUCCUUCAUUAAGAGAACCGACCCUUAUUCCAUUCCACGGAGGCAAGAACUUCUAGUGGAAGGAAACUAACUUGCACACUAAGUUUUGAGUGACUGUAUAGACUUUCUUUCUUCUGGGUCUUGGCUUUUGGUCUUCUUUUACAAGUGGGGUCCCACCCAUUGUACGGAUAUUCGUGUACCCACUGAAGGACCAAGACAUUAUUCGCAUAAGAAGCACGUAGCGUAGUGUUCUUUCAAUUUUCCGGACUCCUUCUGCUGUGCUCCGCUUAUUUCAAUAUCUGACAAAGCUCAUUCAUCUCUGUGCUAUCUUCUUUCUUUCUUUCUUUCUUCUGUCUACUUGGAGUUGGGUUUAGGAUGCCUGAUGGGGAGACCAAUUCGACGACUGACGACAGCGUCAAUUUUCAACCCACUGGUUUUGUGCCGGUCGAGAGAUUUAUGGGUCUGUCUCAGAAUGAUGAUCAGGCAGCGGGUUCAAGUACAAGAACAUCAGAGAAAGAUCCUAGGAGAAUCGCAAGGAAAUAUCAAUUGGAGCUGUGCAAGAAAGCUUUGGAAGAGAAUAUCAUCGUGUAUCUUGGGACAGGCUGUGGGAAGACUCACAUUGCUAUACUCCUGAUAUACGAGAUGAGCCACUUAAUCCGGAGGUCCCAGAAGGGUAUCUGUGUUUUUCUGGCGCCUACGGUUGCUUUAGUUCAGCAGCAAGCAAAAGUUAUAGAAGACUCUACAGAUUUCAAAGUCAGGGUUUACUGUGGAGGUUCCAAAUGCUUGAAUACCCAUUAUGAUUGGGAAACAGAGAUGGAAGAAUAUGAGGUUUUUGUUAUGACCCCUGAAAUAUUACUGCGUAAUUUACACCAUUGCUAUAUCAAGAUGGAUUUUGUUGAACUUUUAAUAUUUGAUGAAUGCCAUCACGCUCAAGUCAAAAGUGACCAUUCUUAUGCAGAGAUCAUGAGAGUGUUCUAUAAAGCAAAUGAGCCUAAACGACCCCGGAUAUUUGGUAUGACUGCUUCUCCGGUUGUAGGAAAAGGUGCUUGCAACCAGCAAAAUUUAUCUAGAAGUAUCAACAGUCUUGAGAAGUUACUUGAUGCUAAGGUUUAUUCAGUUGAAGCUAGGGAAGAACUGGAUGCGUUUGUGUUAUCACCACUUGUUAAAAUAUAUUAUUAUGGUCCUGUUGCAAAUGGGUCAUCUAGCUCAUUUAUGACUUACUGUUGCCUACUUGAGGACAUUAAACACAAGCAGUGCAUAUUGGCUCUUGGUCAGAUGAAAUGUGAGCACGAAGUUCUGCUGGCCACCAAGAGAUUGUUGUGCAGAAUGCACAAAAAUAUCAUAUUUUGUUUGGAAAGCCUUGGUGUUUGGGGGGCGUUGCAGGCUAGUAAAAUUCUCCUUAGUGGAGAUAACUCUGAGCAAAGUGAAUUGAUAGAGGCAGCGGAGGGAAACCUAAAAAACGACUCCUUAAGUGAUAAAUACCUUAAUCAAGCUGCUGAAGUUUUUGCAUCGGGUUGCAAGAUAGAUGGUGGAAUGUCAGAUAUGUUAAAUGUUGAUAUUUUGGAGGAUCCAUUUUUCUCAAAGAAACUUUUGCGGCUUAUUGGAAUUCUUUCUUCCUUCAGGCAUCGACUCAACAUGAAAUGUAUAAUUUUUGUGAAUAGAAUAGUUAUAGCUCGGUCCUUGUCGUACAUACUUCAGAACCUCAAUUUUCUGUCAUAUUGGAAGUGUGAUUUUCUUGUUGGAGUCCACUCAAAAUUGAGGAGCAUGUCAAGGAAGACCAUGAGCCAUAUUCUAACAAAAUUCCAAUCAGGGGAGCUAAACCUCUUGAUCGCGACAAAGGUUGGUGAAGAAGGGCUUGAUAUUCAGACUUGCUGUCUUGUGAUACGAUUUGAUCUUCCUGAAACAGUAUCUAGCUUUAUACAAUCAAGAGGUCGAGCACGAAUGCCUCAGUCUGAAUAUGCAUUCCUUGUUGAUAGUGGGAAUGAAAAGGAGCUAGGAUUGAUAGACGAAUUUCAAAAAGAUGAAAAUCGGAUGAACAGAGAAAUUUCUUCUCGUUCAUCCAAUGAGACAUUUUGUAGUCAUGAAGAAAGCAUCUAUAGAGUGGUUUCAACUGGUGCAUCUAUCACUUCUGGACGUAGUAUAUCUUUACUGCAUGAAUAUUGCUCAAAACUUCCACAUGAUGAGUACUUCGACCCCAAGCCAAAGUUUUUCUAUUAUGAUGAUUUAGAAGGAACUGUAUGUCAUGCGAUUCUGCCAUCCAAUGCACCGAUCACCCAAAUUGUCAGCGGAGCACAAUCUUCGAGGGAUGCUGCUAAAAAGGUUGCUUGUCUAAAAGCUGUUGAGGAAUUGCAUAAACUUGGUGCUCUCAAUGACUAUCUCUUGCCCAUGAGAGACAAUGCCGAUGAAAAGGAAUUAGAACUUGACUCCUCUGAUUCUGACAGCUCCAAAGAUGAGAAUUCACGUCGAGAACUUCAUGAGAUGAUAUUUCCUGCUGCUCUAAAAGAGUCUUGGACUGGCUCUGAAUAUCUUGUUCUUUACUGUUACCAUAUAAAAUUUACUCCACAUCCUAGAGAUAGGAUCUACAAGGAAUUCGGUUUAUUUGUGAAGGCACCACUACCCGAGGAGGCUGAGAGAAUGGACCUCGAGCUUCAUCUUGCACGUAGAAGAUCUGUAAGGGUAAAUUUGAUGCCAUCAGGGGUUGUGGAGCUUUUGGAGGAUGAGAUUAUCCAGGCAGAGAGUUUUCAGGAGAUGUUUCUUAAGGUCAUUUUAGACAGAUCAGAAUUUGUUCAGGAGUACAUUCCUUUGAGGAAUAAUGACUCUAGAUCUAUUUCACCAACAUCUUACUUGUUGCUUCCUGUGACUUUUCAUGAUAAUGAGGAAUCGGUUAUCAUCGAUUGGAGAGUUAUUAAAAGAUGUUUAUCCUCCCAAAUUUUCCAGAAUCAUGCAUGCUCCAUUGUCAAGGAAGCUGCUUCCUCAUAUACCCACCUGACGCUUUAUGAUGGCCGUAGAAGGUCAAAUGAUAUUGAGAAUAGUUUAGUGUAUGUGCCCUACAAGGGUGAGUUCUUUUUUGUUACUAACAUCGUGUGGGGGAAGAAUGGAUACAGUCAAUACAAGAACUCAGGCUCCUCAAGUCAUUUUGAGCAUUUAAGGUCAAAGUUUGGCAUUCAUCUUAAAUCCCCCGAGCAGCCUCUUCUUUGUGCAAAACCCCUGUUCUUUUUGCACAACUUGCUACAUAAUAGAAAGCAGGAAGAUUCUGAUGCACAUUAUCUGGAAGAAUAUUUUAUUGAUUUGCCUCCCGAGCUUUGUCAGUUGAAGAUAUGUGGUUUUUCAAAAGAUAUCGGAAGCUCCAUAUCUUUGUUGCCAUCAAUUAUGCAUCGUCUGGAAAAUUUGCUUGUUGCUAUUGAAUUGAAGUGUAGGCUAGCGGCUGCUUUUCCAGCUGGAGCUGAGGUUACUGCUAACAGAAUUCUGGAAGCACUCACUACUGAGAAGUGCCAGGAACGCAUUUCCCUGGAAAGGCUUGAAAUACUUGGUGACUCUUUCCUUAAAUUUGCUGUAGCAAGGUACCUUUUUCUUACCCACGACAAGUUUGACGAAGGAGAACUUACAAGAAGACGUUCUUAUUUAGUGAAAAAUUUCAAUUUGCUCAAGCUAGCAACUAGAAAGAAUUUACAGGUAUACAUACGUGACCAGCCAUUUGAACCUAGUCAAUUUUAUUUACUUGGUCGUCCUUGCCCAAGAAUUUGUAACGAGGAAACUAGAAAAGAUAUCCAUUCUCACGAUGAUGCAACAAACACAAGAGCCAGUGAGACCAAGUGUAGCAAAGGCCAUCACUGGUUACAAAAGAAAACUAUCAGUGAUGUGGUUGAAGCUCUGGUAGGAGCAUUCCUAGUCGACAGUGGCUUCAAAGCUGCAAUUGCAUUCCUCAAAUGGAUCGGCAUACAAGUAGAAUUUGAAUCUUCACUAGUUACCGAUGCUCUCAUGGCAAGCAAUAAUUAUGUCCUACUUGCAGAUAGGACAGACAUCUCUGCAUUUCAAGAUUCAUUAGGUCAUCAAUUUCUCCAUAAAGGUCUGCUGCUGCAGGCACUUGUACAUCCUUCUUACCACAAGCAUGGAGGAGGUUGUUACCAGAGAUUAGAGUUUCUUGGAGAUGCUGUCCUGGAUUACUUGAUCACGUCAUAUCUAUAUUCAGCAUAUCCUAAGCUGAAGCCAGGUCAAUUGACAGAUUUGAGAUCAGUGUUUGUGAGGAAUGAGGCUUUUGCCAAUGUUACGGUAGAUAGAUUCUUCUACAAGUUUCUGCUUUGUGAUUCUACUAGCCUUCUAAGUGAUAUAAAAAGUUAUGUAGACUUCAUCAAAUCACCUUCUGAAAGGGAUUCACUUGAGCAGCCGAGAUGUCCAAAGGCUUUGGGAGACUUGGUUGAAUCUAGUGUUGGGGCCGUUCUUGUUGAUACAGGGUUUGACAUGAACUAUGUUUGGAAGAUAAUGUUAUCUUUUGUGGACCCUAUUAUGAGCUUUUCAGGCUUCCAGCUUAGUCCUAUUCGGGAUCUAAUAGAAUUUUGUCAAAAUUGUGGCUGGAAACUUGAGUUUAAUUCAUCAAAAAUGGAAGGAUAUUAUUCAGUUAAAGCAGAGGUGAAAGGAGGCAACUUUCAUGACACUGCCUCUGCAGCCAACCGCCGAAAGAAAGAUGCCGAGAAAAUUGCUGCCAACUUAAUACUCACAAAGCUGAAGGCAAAAGGAUUUCUACCUGAGGUCAAUUCAUUAGAAGAGAUCUUAAAGUCAAGCAGCAGGAUGGAACCUAAAUUGAUUGGUUAUGAUGAAACGCCCUUCGGCAUGGUCGAUCAAGUUGACAAUGGACUUGAAACAAUAAAUGGGCCAGAAUUUUCUAAUGCUGACUUAAAUCCUCGUGUGCACCGUGAAGUUGACAAUUCUCAUCCAGUUCACAUUACACGGAUAAGCAGAACGCCGGUUUCUUCAUCUGUAGCUGCGGGAGAACAACUGAAGCCUAGCAUGGCCUUGGAAGGUCAUGAUAGUCCAGCAGACUUGCAGUCAUCAUCAGGUUGGUCGGGGAAAACAACGGCAAGAUCCCGGCUGUAUGAAAUCUGUGCUGCAAACCAUUGGAAUCGCCCUUCAUUUGAUUGUAUGAAUGAGGAAGGACCAAGCCAUUUAAAGAUGUUUACUUACAAGGUUGUUUUAGAGAUGGAAGAAGCCCCUGAUACGAUUUUCGAAUUUGUCGGAGCACCUCAUUUGAGAAAGAAGGCUGCAGCCGAGCAUGCGGCCGAAGCAGCUCUUUGGUACUUGAAGAAGGCAGGAUACUUGCCUGAGACAGAUUGUUGAUACAAUAACGACUGAAAGCCAUUCCCUGCGGAUAGCCAAUGUGCAACUGUAGUAGAAUAGAGCCAUAUGAAUAGCCAUAAAGAUUGUAUAGAAAAAAAGUACACUAUUUUAUCAAUUCAGGGCGGGAGUCUUGUGUACGUAGUUAAUUCUGUAAUUAACCAUUUAUUACGUGUUGUAACUUGUAAGGUGUAAGUUUUGGACAAAUCUGGUAAAAUGUAAUACUCAUUAUUAUUAAAUCUGAUUAAAUACGAAUUUAGUCCCAACUUAAAGUUUCUA